AUGCCUCCAGCAAAGAAAAAACAACCUAAACCCAAGGGCUCUUCCAAAACAAACCUGAGACAGCCCAAGCCGAGAUACAGCUCAUCUCAACCAGAUCCUGUGAGCAGUGACGGCCUGUUUGAAGAGUCGCGGGGAAGACCCAUCUCAGCAUCACAGCCGUCUAGUCAGACGUUAUUAGGCAGAAAGAACCGGUUAAACGAUCUUCUUUCAUCACAUAUACCCGCUGUACCCAAAUCAGCCACAAGAACAAAGAGGCCCAAUAGAACAAAUAAUUCUGCUGUCAAAACAAACAAUACUACAAAGAAAGCAUUAGCGAAAAAUGGAAAAUUUGAAAAGGACGAAGACUUCAGAUUCAAGCGCAGCAAUUCUGGGGAAGAUGAAAAUGAUCACAGCUGGGAUAAGAAGAAAAAGCGACAGACAUCAACACCAUUAGUUCGAUUGCGAGAGGAAUUAAAUAUCAUGUCUAGGGAAAUAGACAACGACGAUGACUUGGACCUUUUGGACUUAAGUGGACUCAAGAAAUCAUCCAAGAAGGAGAAGUCUGUCCAGGCAAGCAAACCUGUGCGCAAGUUCAAUUUUAAUGACACUAGUCUCGGUCUUUCUUCUCCUAUACAGAGUAUAGAUAGAGAGGGCUAUUCGUCUGAUGAGUAUGUCGAACAAGUGCUGCAUCAUAAGAUUAAUCUAACUGAAGAACCUCAGAAAACGAAAAAGAAAGCCAAUAGACAACAAAGUAAGAGGAGAUCAUCGUACUACAAUCGAGGGAAAAGAGUUCUGUCUAUUGGUAAUGGUUUUGUAGGAGAGCCCCAUCAGGAUGUAGAUGCCAGUGACUACUAUAAAUUACUAGAUACUUCAUUGCCUGAGCCAGAUAGAAUGAGGCAGUUGUUGAUUUGGUGUUGUAAAAAGAAACUCGAUCAGGAAGAAAACCUCCUCAAGGAUAAGAACCCCAGCACAGAAGAUCUUACUGUAUUGAACAUAGCCAAGGUCAUUAAGGAAGAGAUUCUUCGAGACCUCAUGGAAAAGCAAAUCUCCACGAGUUGGUACAGUAACGUUCCAGACGAGGACGAAGACACUAUUGGCAAAGAAAUAUCCGUGCCCAAUCCGUUGAACGAAUCUAAUAAGCAGAAUAUUGAUGUCUACAGUAAGAAACUAAAGGCGUUAGUUAAAGAGAAACAGAUCUGGCACAAGUCGUAUGAGAAUGCUAUUUCACCCAUUGCCAAGUUGGAUGUGGGAUCAGUGGAAGAAGCAAAACAAGAAGAGUUACAGCAAUAUAUUAAACUGAAGCUGGAAUCGGAACUUCAGCAUGUAGACUACCUGACUGUGAUUGACAAUCAACUCAUAAACAAAAUCACAGCUAAUUACGACCAGCUCAACAGCGAAGUCAAGGAUAAAGUCGAGAAUUCAAUUGACAAAGUGUAUCAUACUGUAUAUCAAAUGGAGAAGUCCACCGAGUUGGUAGAGACGAUCCACCACCGCAAUCUAGCUCCGAAAGUGGAUUCACUUUUGGGAGACUAUACAACUAAAGCCAAGGUGGAAAACUAUCGAAACUUGAAACAGAAAGAAGCCCAGAAGUCAAAUUGGCCAGUACCCUCACGUAUACCCGGUACUCUUGAACUUCUACGAAGCAUCGCCCGCUUGGAGACUAGCAGGAGUCACAGUCGGUGA